AUGCAGGGUUUUUGCACCCGUGCUAGAACCCUUCGUAACGUUUACAGUGCCGUCCGGCAACAGUCGACCAUUGUCGACGAGUUGAAGGGGGCGCUUCUGGCGCGUCACAGAGUUGAUGCUCCAAAGCUCAAGCUUUUGAAGGAAAAAUACGGUAACGAAAAGCUGAGCGAUGCAACCGUAGGUGCCGCUUAUGGUGGCAUGCGUGGAAUCACUGGCCUGGUGCAUGAACCUUCACUGGUCGACCCGAUGUACGGCAUUCGUUUCCGUGGUAUGACGAUUCCCGAGUGCUGUGAGAGGCUGCCCAAGUCGUGGCUGGGGGGCUCCUCGCCACUGCCCGAGGGAAUGUUUUGGCUCCUCAUGACCGGCUCCGUCCCCAGUGACAAGCAGAUGCAGGAGUUGCACGUUGAGCUGCACCGCCGCGCCGACAGCGAGGCGAUUGCGGCGGCCACAAAGGUCAUUGCCGGACUUCCUGCAAACACGCAUCCGAUGACGCAGUUUUCCGCUGGCGUGCUUGCCCUGCAGGCCUUCUCCAAGUUUGCGCCUGCCUACAACAAUGGGACCGCCGUCAAGUCGAACUACUGGGAGUAUGCCCUUGACGACGGCCUUGAUAUUAUCGCUCGCACUCCCCACCUGGCAGCUGUGAUUUACAGCCGCAUGCGAACUGGCAAGGCAGAGUUGUUGGCCCCCAGCAACCCUGAGCUAGACUGGAGUGCCAAUUUUGUGAAUAUGCUUGGCUACAAGGACAAGAACUUCUGGGAUUGCAUGCGCCUGUACCUCGCCAUCCAUGCCGAUCACGAGGGCGGUAACGUCUCGGUACACACAGCAACUCUGGUUGCCUCGGCGCUGAGCGACCCGUACCUUGCGUUUUCGGCGGGCCUCAACGGCCUGGCGGGUCCACUGCACGGUUUGGCGAAUCAGGAGGUUCUCUCCUACCUCUUUGAGAUGCGGGACAAGUGCAAGGCGGCUGGGGUGGAUUUGAAGGAUCGCAAGGCGCUGGAGGCUGGUCUUGAAAAGUUCACGUGGGAGCGUCUUAACGCCAAGCGUGUGGUGCCCGGCUACGGGCAUGCCGUGCUGCGUGUGCCGGACCCCCGCUACACGUGUCUCCGCGACUACUGCCUGAAGCACUUACCCGAUGACGAACUCUUCUUUCUUGUCGACACCAUCUAUUCCAUCAUGCCAGGCAUUCUGACAAAGCACGGCAAGGUGAAGAACCCCCACCCAAACGUGGACGCCCACUCUGGGGUGGUGCUUCAGUACUAUGGCCUCACGGAGCAGGUGUUUUACACCGUUUUGUUCGGCCUCUCGCGGCAGCUGGGUAUACUGAGCGGCCUUGUCUGGGGUCGGCUGCAGGACCAUCCCAUCGAGCGGCCGAAGUCCAUCACGUCCGAGGCACUCUUUAGUAAGUUCAAUAUUCAGUAG